UUGCACUUUAAAUACCCGGAUGAUGCACUUAAAUAACGAAAAAACGAUUUUUUAAACAUAUUUCAAAAAUGCGUCGAAAGCGCUAAGAUUGCGUGACGUGAUCAGUCGACGAAACUUGCGUCAGCGUGCCGCCUUCUAAAAACCAUACGGCUUCGAGGCAUCAGGAAGUGAGAGGAAAUGGCCAGUCAGUCCAUGGAGGUUGUUGCGAAAGCUCUGGAGCAGCAGGUGCUGCAUUCGGCACGGAUGGUGGAAGAGCAGCUGGAUGCCGAACUGGAGAAGCUGGAGCGCAUGGAUGAAGAUGAGCUCGAGCGACUGAAGGAGAGAAGGCUUGAGGCCCUUAAGAAAGCUCAGAAACAGAAGCAGGAGUGGAUAUCUAAAGGACAUGGUGAAUACAGAGAGAUCCCAAGUGAGAAGGAUUUCUUUGCUGAGGUUAAAGACAGCAAAAGUGUGGUCUGCCAUUUCUACAGAGACUCUACCUUCAGAUGCAAAAUUUUAGACAAGCAUCUAGCUGUUUUGGCGAAGAAACAUCUGGAAACAAAGUUUAUCAAACUAAAUGUUGAGAAGGCUCCAUUCCUAACCGAGAGGCUGAGGAUCAAGGUCCUUCCCACACUGGCUCUGGUGAAGGAUGGGAAGACUAAGGAUUAUGUUGUGGGCUUCAACGAUUUGGGUAACACGGAUGAAUUCCCUACUGAAAUGCUGGAGUGGAGACUGGGCUGCUCAGAUAUCAUUAACUACAGUGGGAAUUUAUUGGAGCCACCAACUAUUGGACAGAAGUCAGGGUCAAAGUUCACCAAGGUGGAGAAAAAGACCAUCAGAGGCAAAGGAUAUGACUCGGACUCUGAAUCUGAUGAAGAUUAGAAGAUUAAAACAUAAAGCUCUGUCUUUCUCAGGGCUUCCUACAUAACAGUCCUAAAUCUUGUAACACCACUUUGUGGUCACUUUUUUGUUUGUAUUUUUGCAGUGUCUAUUUAAUUUCUUCUCUCUCAUCCUUUGUCUUAUGUUUGCCCAUUUUAAGAUCACUGAAUACCAUCUGAUAGGGUAUUUAUACUUCAUUUCAUAUCUCUUUAGGUUUUAAUGUACAGAAGCGAAACUUUUCUAUGGAGCAUAAUUCUGGUGUAGGUUCUCUGUCUUUGGUGCUGAUUUAUUAUCUAAGGAAAAUUGAGUUUUUGUAAGACAGAAGAAUCAGACGCAUUUAAACAAUGGUGCAAACACAAACUCAUUAUUUUUGUCUCUGAUGGACUGAUGCUCAGAUCAGCCAGCAUUGAACAAGUGCCAAGGAAGCAAACUUCUGUAUUCCACUAAGAAUUGCCACUUAUUUCUCCCAUUGAUGUGAAGGAUUUGCAUUUUUUUUUCUUUUAUAGCAGUACGGAUUAUUAAAAAAUUAAAUAAUA